AUGGAGGAGCCGGCUCGGAGUUCGCCGCUUUCGGCUUCCCGCUGCGGCCGCAGCCUCCGCCGCCUGCUGCCCGUCGGCGCUUGGCAGGAGGCCCGGGAGCUGAUCAAGAUCGGCGGGCCCGUGUUCACAGCCCAGCUGUUGGGCUUCUUGAUCAGCGUGGUGAGCUCCAUCUUCUGCGGUCACCUGGGCAAGGUCGAACUUGAUGCCGUCACCCUUGCAGUCUCGGUGGUCAACGUGAUUGGCAUUUCGGUGGGGACCGGCCUGGCAUCGGUGUGCGAUACUCUCAUGUCCCAGACUUACGGGAGUAAAAAUGUGAAGAGAGUCGGGACCAUUUUACAACAGGGCAUCCUGAUCCUGCUGCUUUUCUGCUUCCCCUGCUGGGCCCUUUUUGUUAACACGGAGCAGAUCCUGCUGCUUUUCCGACAGGAUCCUGAAGUCUCCAGAUUAACCCACAUUUACGUGAUGAUCUUCAUUCCAGCCCUGCCGGCUGCGUUCAUCUACCAGCUGGAAACACGCUAUUUGCAAAGUCAGGCUGUCCUCUUGCCUCAAGUGGUGACCGGCGUGGUGGUGAACGUGUUGAACGUGAUCAUGAAUGCCGUCUUUUUGCACGUCUUCAAGCUGGGCGUGGUAGGUUCAGCCUGGGCCAACACCCUUUCGCAGAAUCUGCAGGCGUUUCUCCUCUUCCUCUUUGUCUGGUGGAGAAAGAUCCAUAAGGAGACCUGGGGAGGCUGGACGAUGGAUUGUCUGCAGGAAUGGGGUCCCUUCGUCCGGUUGGCCCUGCCCAGCAUGUUUAUGAUCUGCAUUGAGUGGUGGACUUUUGAGAUUGGCAGCUUCCUCGCAGGAUUAAUGAGUACGGUUGAAUUAGGGGCUCAAUCCAUCAUCUACGAACUGUCGACCAUCGCGUAUCUGCUGCCACAGGGGAUGAGUGUGGCUUCCAGCGUCCGCGUGGGUAACGCCUUAGGCGCCGGAGAUGUGGACCAGGCCAAGAGGUCAUGCAUUAUGGCCCUCCUUUGCACCGGGGUCCUUGCGGUGGUUUUCGCUGGGCUGCUGGCAGCUGUGAAGGACGUGGUGGCCUACAUCUUCACCAACGACCUAGAGAUCGUGUCUUUGGUGUCCAAAGUGAUGCUGAUCUUUUCCCCUUUUCACCUGUUUGAUGCCACCGCAGCCACUUGCGGAGGGGUGCUGAGGGGCGCCGGCAAGCAGAAAAUUGGCGCCAUCGCCAACGCGGUGGGCUACUACGUCAUCGGAUUGCCCAUCGGGAUUACGCUGAUGUUCGUGUACAAGCUUGGCGUAAUGGGCCUGUGGACCGGUUUGAUCGUUUGCAUCUCUCUGCAAGCGGCGUCUUUUUUGGUUGUCGUCUUGCGCAUGAACUGGAAAAAAGCCGCCGAAGAGGUAGAUCUCUUGCCCGCAGGUUCGAUUGCUCCUUGUCCUCAGUAG